AUGGAAUUGGAAUAUAUUUCUCCUCAAUGUCAAAAAAUGGUUUCGACAAAAAAGUUCUCUUUAUCUAAUUUAAUAGCAAAUACAAAGGUUUAAUCAUCUAUGAUCGACUAAGAUGAAAUUUCCUUGAAAUCAGUAAGAACAGUGGUUACUAGAGUUUCCUUAUUGGAAAACAAUUUGAUUCCAAAGGAGAAGUACAUAAUCAUUAUUAUGAAAACGAUGAUGGACACAAUUCCUCCAAAGAAGGUCUUAUAAUAGUUUUACUUAAUCCCUUUUCAGGUAAUUGUUUAACCAGAGAUAUCAAAUUUCAAAAUUGCUUGA